AGUUUAUAAACACCACCCACACGCGACCCUUCGCGUCCUUUGGCAUUUGAAUUUGAAUUCGAAUCGUUCGGUUGUAGUUCUUGGCCGGGAAACCGCUCAUUGCCAAUGAAUGAAUACCAAGUGAGAGUUGAUUUCGCGCGCAUCCGCUUUGAGUGAUUUUCCCGCGACUAUCGGUGGGCGCGAGUGAAAUUCUGAAUGGGAAAAGCUCCCGACACAACUGACAAUACGUCGGAAAAGUGCUUCCCUCACCCACACACGGGGAACGUUGUGUGCUUUGCUAACAAGUGGCUAAUAUACACACAGCGACUUCGACAUGCUUUUCAGCUCUCACCAACACGUCUAGAUAGACAUUUCCCUAUAGAAAAUUUUUCCGAGUUUUUCUGAUAGCCGGCGUCGUUGAGGACGUCGUCGUUGCCGUUAAUCUCGGAGCGCGGUUUUUUGUUGCCUUUCCAUUCAGUUUGCCGAAAAACGUCGCGGUGUUUAUUUUGACUUAGUUCCAACUCGAUUCCACCACUUCCGUCCUCUUAUGAAAUAUUACAAUCAACAUGUUGCGAAUACGAUCAUUUACGAAUGAAGAAUAGUUCUCGAAUAGUAGUAAAAACUUUAUCGAGUUUUCCGAAACAGAAAUCAUAUAACGACCGCGAACACUUUGAGGUUCCAAACAAGUUACCGUGCCAAUAAGUGAAAUUUUUUUUUUACUUCCCAUAGCCAAUUCAAACGAUCGCGCCGCUACGAUUAUUCCGAAAAUGAGUCAAUUUCGAAACGAUUUCCGACUGAAUUCUGCGUGCUAACUUGUCGGAAAAUUUACGGAUGUGAAAAACUAACAAAAUGAUCUUUUGAAAAAAAUCCUUGUGAUAUUUUGUGUAGUUGAAAAUUUUUGAACCAUUUUCCCCUGUUCAUUUUAGUGAAGUUAUUAGUGUAUUGUAAGUGAACGACCGUUACAUCCUUGUAGUUUUUUACAAUCCUCUGAGUCUAUAUUUACGUCGAAACAAAAUAGUCCAUCAUAACGAAAGUGGCUAAAUAAAAUCACGAAACAUUAGUCCAUCCCUUGACUAUGCAUUAUAUAUAUAAUACUGCAACGAAGUACUCUGUCCCUUGAACGAGAGAAUUAUAAUAAGUUAAAUCUUAAGUGCAACUGAUUGCAGCCGAAUAUAUUGCUUGGCAUAAAAGAUUUAAAUACAAAUGGAGAGUUAUCAGCACAAACUAUCGACAAUCAACCUAAAAGUCUCAAUCAUUAUUUAUGCAUUCAGUUUUGCAAGGGUUUCUCAAAAAAUACGGCCAGUAAACAAUGUUGUUAGCAAUGCGUCGUGAAAGUGAUCAUCAUCCAUCCCAGCAGCCACAUCACCUUCAGCAAUCCCAACAUAUAUCAACAACGAGUUCAACUUCCUCAACAAAUACGUCCCUUCAUGUUGGUCUCACUAGUUCUACGACUGCUGCUCUUCAAUAUCCUAUUUACCCAGGACCUUCGGGUUCAUCUGAUUUUCACCAGACAUCAGUACAUCGCCAACAACAUUUACCGCCGCCCGCUCCACCACCAGCACCAUCAAUAGCGACAUCGUCAGCAUCCAUUGCACCAAGCCAUUCUGCAAAUCGUCCAGGCACUUCUUCAACUCCAAGCGGAGGGCUUGAUGAAUAUGUCGAUAUUCUGCAAGUUCAACAAUUAUUGCUAGAAUCUUCCAGUAAUACAGCAACCACAGUAGCUAGUACCUCAACUGUUGCUAAACCCCGACCUCGUGUCAAUCUUCAAAAGGCCGCUGAAUACGCUGCUCAGGUUCAAGCCGAAUCUCCAUCUCGACGGAUUUUGCUAGAUUAUCCAAGUCCUUAUUUAUAUGGGAACCAUUACCAUACAUCGCCCAAUGAUGAUCUAGUCGCCUUAUGGUUCGGAGCGAAUAGUACAGGCGGCGUAGCCCCUGGAACACCAUCAGCGGCCAUGAUCAUGGAAGGACUGGAAACCCUAGUGGCGCCACCACAUCACGCAUUCCUCCUUACCGAAUCUGCGGCAGCAGCACAUUUUAAUGUGCUCAGCUUUGACACGUGUCUAUUUAAAACAGCUGCCCAAACCACUGGUAGUACACCAACGGCAACCACAGUAUCAGCUCUAGCACAGAUUACACCUACAGGGCUUUCAUCACAAACUGCAGCUUCUCUUCUGCAUCAUAGCCUUUCACUGAAUAAUAACAAUACGUCAAACAACAAUAAUAAUACUAACGCUAAUAGUGCGUCUAUUAGCAGCAGUCAUAAUAGUAAUACUACAGUCAGUACAAGUACGAGUCAAGCACAUUUACAGCAAACCAGCGGAGGAAGUAACAAUUCAACAACCACUAUAACAUCAAGUGGACGCACGUCUACGACCCACCUGAGCUUAUUAAAUACAGGGGGGACAAGUGGAGGAAGCGCAGGUUCUGACAACGCAACUGUCACGCAAUCCUCAUCAGACGCACAAACAGGUGAUUUGAAUACACCAGUAACAACAAGUAGUGAUAUACCAACAUUUUUUGGGCCAUCAACGGUUGUAGAACCACCACCAAUCACUGGUUCAAUCGAAUCAGACGAUUUAUCGUUGGAACCACAAAAUACCUCAAGCCCGUGUCGCAGCUUGUGCAGCCCGCUCAAGGAAGAACGUAGCACACCAACACUGAUCGUCAAGGAGGAAACAAGUAAUAAUAGUUGUACAAUGUACCCACACCACACGAGUAAUAAUAGUCAAAAUGCUGACAACACAAACACACAUAAUAUGCAACACCACAUCAACAACACCAACAGUGGCCAUCACCACCAACAACAUCACCACAGCAAUCAUCAGGGCCAAUCUCACCAACAACACCACAACUCCCAUCACCACCACCAACAUAUUCAUCACUCUCUACAUCACAAUCACCACGGCAAUAAUAACAGCCAGCAGAUACAUCAUACACAACACCAACACCAGCACUUGCAAUUGCCACAACAGCAUCAAAGUGGAAAAAUAUCAUAUCGUGGAAUUUUCACCACUACAGGUAACCCCCCAAUGGGUGGCUUAGCCGUAUCAGGUGGACAACUAAAUUCACCACAAUUAAGUGUUUUGCCCGGCCCAAUAUCACCUCCUUCCGCUGGCUUGGGAAGUAGUUGGGGUCUUCCAAGUCCAGAUAAAACCCUGUUCCAGCCGCCUAUGUUCAGCUUACUAGGACCAGGCCCCCAGAGCUCUUCACAGGCCCACUACGCACCGCAAUCAACAACGGCCAACACCUCACCUCAUCACAUGCAUACUUACGCCGAAGAUAGACCACAACAUGUGGAACUGCUUGGAUUAAAUAUGGACUGCUCAAACAUAAUUCUGAAGCAACCGCCGCCCACAUAUGGUAGCGCAUGUGUUCCUUCAUUGGACAUGCAAACAGUAACUGCAGCAGCUGCAGCACAAUCUUCCCAAGAACUGCAUCAAUACAGCCGACAGCAACUGUCAGUGACUACACCGAAGUAUCAAUGGCUGGAUUCACCAGCAGAAUAUGGUAGUCCGCAACAACACUCCAUGGUAGUACCUGGUCCAUCGUCUACUUCGUCUGCGAGUACGCUUAUACCAAAACAAGAAGCCUACAGUGAAUCUGUUGGCCACUUACAGUCCUCUCAACAGUCAUCGUCUCAGUAUAGUCCAAUUGUACAAUUAGCAGAAUACAAUCCGUCAACUAGCAAGGGACACGAAAUUCUUUCGCAAGUCUAUCAGCAAAGUGCCAUGCCGCUAAAAUUGGUUCCAGUGAAACCAAGGAAGUACCCUAACCGGCCAAGUAAAACGCCCGUCCACGAGCGUCCUUAUGCCUGCCCUGUUGAAAACUGUGAUCGUCGAUUCUCUCGAUCUGAUGAACUCACUCGACAUAUCCGGAUACAUACCGGCCAGAAGCCAUUCCAAUGCCGUAUUUGUAUGCGAUCUUUCAGCCGAUCUGAUCACUUGACAACACACAUUCGGACGCAUACCGGCGAAAAACCAUUUUCCUGCGAUGUCUGCGGACGAAAGUUCGCCAGAUCUGAUGAAAAAAAGAGGCAUGCCAAAGUACACUUGAAGCAGAGAAUUAAAAAAGAGAAUAAACUAAGCCAACAGCAACAACAACAGCAAGCAGUCGCAGCAGCAGCUGCCGCCGCAGCUGCCCAACAACAUCACCAGCAACAUCAACAGCACCCGGUUGCCAGUCAUCACAUGCUUCACUCAGGAGAAAUUUCUAUUGUAACUACGAGUACAACUAGUUUGUAGGCCCCAGUAUCUUCAACGUUUGGUGCAGUGCAAAUGGCUUCUUUGCACUCCCUUAAUGCUGAAGUAAUUCAAGCAUUCAGACAAGAGGUCGAAGGAGAACGAUCCCAGCGACUACAGGAGCCAUCACGAAAUAAAAAUGUUCUUAUUGUUCUUUGGUUACCCUAAUGUGAGAGCGUCAAAAAACUGUUUUUUAUAGAAAUUGUCCAUCGGAAUUAUACAUCGCAAAUAUUUUUCGAAAUCCACAUGACUCAAACGACUGAAUAAGAGAUCGCUCAUUGCAACGAGGUGCAGUCAACAUUACAUGACUUAAUUAAUAUUAGCCUGCGCUGCCUUGACGGACUGAUUCUAUGAGCCCUAAUCUUGAUUAUAAUAAGCUCAACCAAAUAACUCAGUUUAAUUUAAAACUCCCUUUAUAUCUUCUUUAAACAAGUAGAUACAAAUUUACGUCGGGUAAUAUUUGCCCAAAAGUUCCAUUUCAAAGUGAAAAAAGUGGCUUCCUAAGUCAGCGUGCCUAAUCACUCAUAAACGAACAAAAGUAAGGAAAUUUGCAGUUAUUGUGAAAAUGCAAAUUACCGAAUUCAAAUGAAUGUCCGUCGGUGCGUUGCUACUAUCAAUAAAUCAUGUUACAAUUAGUAUGUGGAAUUUAUGAAGUUUUGAAAAUUACGAGCAAUGAGAAUACGCUAAGCUGUGAAAAUGGCAUUUCUCUCGGAGCCAAGAAAUAAGAUAUACGGAUAGCUGUCAAUGGUCAUACGUAACUACGUACAUUUUCAAGAAAAAAAAAUUAAUUUCUUUAAUCAAAUCAUGUAAAAAUAUCUCUAAUACUGUGAUCUCAUAUGUAAUUGUAUAUUUAAGUAUUUAAUUAUAUAUCUAACAAUUUAUUUAAAAUGGUUAAAUGAAAAUACUAAAAUAAUAUAUGAAAAAAAUCAGAAAAACAACUGAAACAAAAAAAUUAACAUAAUAUACAAAAAACGCAAAAACUGAACGAAUCUGUAGAAAAUUUUGUUAAACGUAAAAUGUCGAGGAGAGUAUUUAGUGUAUUCUAUUAUAUUUAUUUUUUUUUUCUUUUGUAAAAUGAAAAUAUUUCUUAACCUACGAAUUUUCUAUUUUUCUCAACACAGUAGUGACAGUUUUUGUUUUUUUUUUAUGCAAUUAUGGCGAAAUUAUGAAAUUCAUUUCGUUUUGCAAGACAUCUUCCUUAUACGAAAAUGAAAUUAUAACGAAAGGACACAAUAUACAUAUAAAUGAAACAAAACAUCUUUUUAAAAGAUAUGCAGAAUAGUAUACAAUAGGUGACAAUUGACAAUUGCGUUCCGAUCUUUUAGAGGCAAGGCGUGUGAACGAAAAAAUUACACCUAUAACUGAUGAUUUAGAUUUUAUGCACGGAAAAAAUGGAAGAAGUCCACGUGGUGAAGAUAGAUUUUUAUUCUUUUGUUCUAUUUUUGCGAUUCAUUUAUGUAAGUUUGAUAUGAACAAUAAUUAUAUCGAAAUGAAUGUUUAACAUUUUAAAAAGCUCAUUUUAAUAAUAAUUUAUAUUUUAUUUACCAG